AACGCUGCAGACCCUUCGGCUGGCCGCUUUGACUGCAAAAUAUCGCAGGUCGUUUUUACGUGCUGUUCUCGAUAGGCAGGGACUGGUAAACGUGAGAGCCUUACCACUACUACGAUAUCCGCAACAACCGGAAUUGUACGGGUUUCGGUUGACACGCACUGAACACUCUACUUUUGAGCCCAGCUCAAAAUGUCAUCAUCUACCACCGAGUCGCGAGGGCGGCCGAUGUCAGAAAUCCCCGUUUCUUCGCCCAACGGGGCCCCAUUCAAGACCUUCAGCCAGGAGUACCAGUACGCCGAGACCUUGCAGAACCCUUUCCCAGAGGUCAUUUUCUCCGGGCCUGAAAAUACAGCCCCCAGCGCAGCAUCAACAUCGCCAGCCGCGAUCGGUGGCAUCGACGGCACUAACGAAAGCACGGCCGAUCCUGACACUCGUUCUUCCCUCCGCCUGGGUACACCCGGCAGCAAAGAGCCCGAGAUGCACGACAAUAUUUGGGUCGAGCCCGCCGAGGCGCCCUGGUACAAGGCCAUCUCGCUUAGGAGGUGGGCCGCCAUCAUCAUCUGCACUGUCGGCAUCACCGGCGUCGUGCUGGCGAUUCUGGGCGCCAUGAACAAACUCUCAGGAGAAAGGUCCGACUUCACGGACCCCGGCCCCGAUUCCCCGACACCAGGCAAGACAUCCGCUGACCAAACCAGCUCCUCCGAUAACACCCCGUCUCCCGCCGAGAGCACGUCGGCCACCCCCACCACAUUCAUCACAUCAACCACCUCAGGCACCGCCAAACCAACCAACCCCCCCACCACCAAAAUCGACUGCAACAGCCUCUCCACCUACCUCACCCCCAUCUCCUGGGUCGGCACCACGGUCGGCGCCUACAAGAGCGAGUUCGCAUCCGCCGGCGGCAUGUCCCCCUUCGCCUGCUGCCGCGCCUGCCAGGAGCGCGCCGAGGGCGGGUGCGCCGGGUGGCUGCACAACGCGAGCGCAGAAUUCACGCCGUGCACGCUGGUGGUGGUUAAUGUGGAUCAGCCGGAUAAGGGGGAUGGGGAUGAGGAUGAUAAUGCGAUGUGUCCGCGGGGCCGGACGGCGGCGACGUUUUUUCAGGGGGGUUUGGGUGAGGAUGGGAGCGAAGGGACGGCGGGGAUGGGGCCGUGCGCUUUGGAGGAGCAUGUUAACUGAUACCUGAGAUGUGUGUCAUGGGGGGAAGGGUUUGGUACCUGGGCUACUCACGGCGGAGG